AACCAAAAAAAUAUAAUUGAAUAGAAUCGAUUUAGGAACAAUGGAAAAAGUUGAUACUUCGAACGCACUGAAUUUCGUCUGGUUCGGAUGGACGCUAGUGGGUGUGUACCCUAUUCAGAAUUAUAACAUUCGUUACUUUUGCCACCUGAUCUUCGCUGUUUUCGCAACAAAUUUCUACGCGUCCUUUAUGUACAUAAUGCAACUAUUUUUCGUAAGCAAUAUUAAGUCUCUCUUGAAUAAUCUCCCGAUGAAUAUCCUGGUAUCAAUCACUGGAUUCAAGCUCAUUACCGUUCUCUUGAAGCGUCGUGAAAUUCUUGGUAUAAAAUAUUCGCUAGCUAAACUGGGUCAACGCCUUCUCACCAAGGAGCAUGCAGAGAACCUCGUUAAUGCUACCAAGUUCUCCUUCCGUUUCUUCGUAAUUGGAUUCCUUGUUUAUGAUUCUGUUAAUAUUAUGACGGUCAUAAUUGCAGCGUUUUCCAACCAACAGCGUUUGCUCUAUGAAAUUUGGUUGCCCUAUGAUUGGCAGGCAACAGCUCUGCGAUAUUGGGUCACCCUUUUCUAUCAGUUCGCCAUGCAUUCCUUCCUUUCAAUGCAAAGUAUUUCGAGUGAUUUUUGUGGACCCAUUUACAUAAUGAUAUUGAUCGCUCAUCUGCAAAACAUCAUGAACCGUAUUGAGAAUCUAAAAUAUGAUCCACGGAAAAGGGAAAGUGAAAAUCUUAAGGGAUUGAUCGAGUGCAUAGAAGACCAUCGUAUUAUUUCGGAGAUAUUCAACACUCUUCAAGGAACCGUAUCUCAUAUAAUUUUAUAUCAAUUUGUUGCUACAGCUUUGGUUAUUGUGAUGAUUGCACUAGAGUACCUGCUGUUCUCACCAAAUAUGACGGAAGUGAUCGCUCUGAUUGCGUUUUUAAUGGGAGAAAUAGCACAGAUCCUCCCCUGUUGUUACUAUUCAAACAAAUUUCUUUCGACAACAGACAGUAUAGUGACAUCCAUCUACUCCUGCCCUUGGUAUGAUCAAACACAAAAAUUCAAGAAAAUCAUGAUAAUUUUCAUGCAAAUGACGCAGAAAGGACAAGUAAUUGUGGCGGGCAAAGUGAUACCAGUUACAAUGGCUACAUUUACUUCGAUCAUAAAAUUUUCCUAUUCAUUAUUGAUGCUUGCACAGCAAAUGCAACGUUAACAAGGUCUGAUGGAAGCAGUUUCAUAUCACGAUUACAAAUAGCCACCAUAUCCACCCAUCCACUUCGGAACUUACCUUGUCAUGAAAUGAAUGCACCUGACGGGCACUUCCUUAUAACUUGUUCUUAAUUAUAGAAGGUUUAUUGCAAAUAAAAAUUGAUAUUAUUAAUGGUAAACAGAGGUCAAUAAAUGUAGAUACACUCAUCUA